AUCAUGCCGUUACUGUCAAGCGCAAUAACAGCAUUCAGACGUUGAUACGGUAGAGCCCCGCGGCAAAACCAAAACUGCAGUUCCGGAUAGACACCGCCAAGGAAUGGUCUCGCAUAUUAGUUAUCAACGAUGAACCAGCAUUUUCUAGAGGCAUGGAAAGGACGGCGAAGCAACAUGCAGGAGCAGCAUCCCGAAGAGCAACGGUGGCCUUGUACACCUGGUGCAGCUUCUGCUGCCUCUGCCUGUUAUACUUUACACCGCGGGCCAGCUAUGCGGUGCGGGACCUGCUGCUGGUCUACUUCCAGCCUAUGGUGCCCAUAGUCUUCGCCCUGUGGCUAUGGGCACACAACGUGCAGCGCUUCUACGCGCUGGGCAUAGAGUAUGACAUGUGCUUCAGCGCGAAGGACCGCAAGUACCUGCUGCCUUCAGGGGAGCUCUACCGGAUCGCUCUGUGGCUGACCGCCGUGUGCCUCACCUGCGCCGCGGGCUUCGCCAGCAUGGGCGCGCUGGGCUUCUACACCCUGGCCGACUACAUGCCGCUGAUCAUGUACUUCCUGGCCGCGCUGUUUGUGGUAGCGCCAGUCAACGUGUUGGACAUGCCCAGCCGCCUCUUCUUCGGCGAGACGCUGCAGCGCGUGCUGGUGCCGGUGCAGGAGGUGACGUGGGCGGACUUCUUGAUGGCGGACAUCGCCACCAGCCUCAGCAAGAGCAGCGCCGACCUGUGCAAGGUGGCGCUCGCGCUGCUGGCGGGCCCCGCGCUGCACGCCCUGGUGGCAGCCGGCUCCGCGGGCGCCGCGCCGCGCGUAGUGGACCCGCUGGCCGCGCCCGUGCUCUUCGCAAUGUGCCUGCCCUACGUGAUCCGCUUCGUGCAGUGCCUCAUCGUGCACCGCACCACCGGCAACCGCGCGCAGCUGCUGAACGCGCUCAAGUACGCAACCGCCUUCCCGGCGCUGGUGCUGACAGCCAUCGAGCACGAGUACCACGUGUCGGACCUGGUGUACCCCAUGUACAACUGGUGGCUGGGUGCCAUGUUCGUAAACAGCCUGUACUCGUACUACUGGGACCUGGAGAUGGACUGGGACAUGCCCUGGCUGGCGCAGCCGGGAGGCCAGACGGUCCUUAGGGUGCUGAAGCUGCCUGGCCUAAGGUCUGACAGCAUGUUCCGGAAAAGCUGGUAUGUGUGGGCAGCGCUGUCCAACUUGGCGUUGCGGCACACGUGGGCGCACCGCCUGAUCGGCAAGCUGGAGAAGCACGCCGUGGUGCUGCUGGUGAUGGCGUUGCUGGAGGUGUUCCGGCGCUACCAGUGGACCUACAUCCGCGUGGAGACGGAGCUGCGCAAGCUGCGCAUACGCGCCUCGCACGGCCACCUGGCGGACCUGGGCCAGCGGGACGGCAACGGGGCGGGCUCGGGCGGGCUGGGCCUCGGAGGGGCGGGCGCCAGCGGCACGGUGCCGCCACCCACGGAUCACCCCAUCGUGGUGACGCAGGACUAGAUGCAUCAUGGGACAGUCGUACGUGCACUGCAUGCAGAACGGGACCAUGUAUCCGGACUACCGUAGAUUGAGUUCGGGAAUCAGAAUGGCCGACAGCGCUUCGGUGUGUGAUGGGACAGGGUUUAGGCAGGUUGGCGAGGUCCCGUAGGGUGCAGCUGAUGCCCAUACCCCAAGCAGACGGCAAACAGUUUGCAGCGGCAGAGCAGAUGUGCAUGCCGACAGCGCUUCGGUGACGAGUCUGGUGCGGCUGCGUAGGUAUGGGGCGUGCCGCAGUUUCCAGCCGCGUCCUGCUUGCUUUGGCGUGCGCGAUGGGACAGUGUUAAGGCAGCGUUGGCGAAGUCCCGUGGGGUGCUUGCUUUGGCGUGUUCGGUAUCACUGGAUUGAUCCAGAUAUCAAAGAACUAGACUUGCGGACUUGCCCGGACGCAUGUCGACGUGUCAUGUGCCUGUCUGCUACGGGUGAACCCC